AUGGACCGCCAUCAGCAUGCUCAGGACAUAGUGCUGUCUCGCUCUCUCGUCUUUCCCCACCACCACCAUCAUCAUUAUCAGCGGCACACUUCACCACCCCCACCAAAGAGACAGUCCAAUCUCCACUCAAUCAUCUCCCCGCACUCCUUGGAGCAAAUCCACUCCCAUAAUGACAAUGACAACGACUCUGAUGCGCGCCCCUACGAAACACAACAGUCAACUUCACACACAAGCAGUAGUCUGACAGAAACCCAGAACCAUCACAUGCGCAGCUCUCCACCAAUUCAGCCUGGAGAACAAAGCUUCCCUGGCAAGCUCCCUUCUUUUUCAGAGUUUCUCCACACUACCCGAACCACCACACCACCGAGGACACCCCAACGCCGACAUGGCUCGGCCGACAGCUCUCCUCAUGCCCAGCCCCACUUUGACGAGGUAGCGUGGGCCGACAGCAAACGUAGGCGUGUCGACACUCUUGGCGACAUUUACGCUCGCGGUAGCAUCGAACCGUCUUUUGGUGAGCCUCGCCGCAUGAGCAGCGCCAUCGAUCCUGCCCUUUCCGGCUACUCACCCCACAUCGCCCACCAGCACUCCGUACAGUCUGUACCAUCGGCCUAUUCUCACCGUGCAACUCCUUCUUACCCGCCACCUCACCAGCAAGCGCCCCCAAUGAACCCCCACGUCCGCCACCAGUCUUCGCCCAUUCCUCAAGGCCAGAUGCCUUUUUCGCAGCCAGCCAUUCACCAGCCAAUCGCCCAGAACCCUUAUCAACCACCCAUGGUUCAACAGGGCUACUAUCACGACCACCAGGCAGCCGCCUACAGCGGCUAUGAACGGUCCCAGGAUUCCUACUACCCUCGAGCUUCCUACUCUGGUUACGAUGCGCCCUAUGGCGGUGACAUUCGCUUCCAGCACAACGUCGGUCUUGACCACAGCGCAUUCAACAGAAAGCGAAGAGGAAACCUACCCAAGGAGGCAACUAACCUUCUCAAGGACUGGUUUGCGGCGAACCGUCAGUCACCCUACCCAACAGAAGACCAGAAGAUGGAACUUUGCAACCGCACUGGUUUGAGUCUCAAUCAAGUAUCCAACUGGUUCAUCAACGCACGCCGUCGGGCCCCACAAAAGGAGCAACGUGAACGCGAAGCCAACGGACCUGAUGCAUAG